CCUGGAGGUGAGCUGCACCCAUGUUCGCAUGAGCGCAGAAAGGAAGUUCCGAUGUUUAACUGUGGGGAGAAACGGCUUGACAUGUGAGUGAAGACGCGAGAAAAUAGCGCAGAGUUGCGCCAUGUUUUCCUCCGGAAUCACAGCGACCGGCGUCCUGCUGUUCUCCCUCGUCUUCACGACCAGAGCUGUCCAGAGACUGACCGUCACCCCAGACAAAGACAGUGUUCUCAAAAUCAGUCAGGCGAAGGGGUCGGCUUGUAAAGUGUGCUUCAGUAUGGGACGCUCUCGAACGUGCAGCCUGGGUGACCAGAUAAAAGACAGCGUGCCUGUCACAGUGGAGUUUCAGUGCUCCAGACCCCAAGAUUUCUACGAGGUGGAAGUCAUCCGAAACAUCGAAUGUACGACGCAGUCCUGCAAGGGCCACAUUCAGACGGACUUUCCAGCUUCACGUUCCUUUCAGGAGUUUAACCGCAAGUUCACCUGGAACCUGAGAGCCACGGCACCGAAAGCCAUCCAAGUGUCCUUCACCAAGCUGGGCGUGAGGCAGGUCAGCCCCCUGAUUUCCUGUCCAGACAAACACACGUUUACACUGGGGGCCGUGCAGAGGACAGGCAAUGUGAUGAUUGGCAGAUACUGUGUCGGGGGCACCACCCAAAGCGCUCAGAUUCUGAGUCAGGGUCGCUUUUCUCUGGAUGUUCCUGCGAGCCAGGAGCUCCAGACCCACCGGUUUGAUGUGUCCGUUGGCGAGGAGAUCAAGUCUCUCGCAAAGAUUACAGUGACUUUACCGCCUGGGACUUCGUCCUCUGAGCUGUUCUCGCCGAACUACCCAGAGAGUUUUCCUGACGACGAUGUGAUGGAGUGGCAUUUUGCGGUCUCAGACAAACAGCAGGCACUGGUGGAGUUUCAGGAGCUGGUGCAGCCCCGCUGUGUCAAGAAACAAACUGCCGUCGAGUACCACUGCAGAGGCAGAGGGGCGCUGGUGCUGAGGCUGACGGAUCCCCCUCCGGUCCAGAGCCAGGGGAACUUCUCUCUGACGCUGAGGAACUGCGAGAUGGACAGAAGCCAAGCUGGUUUUCCAGGAUUAUCCCUGAAGAUCAAGGUGUCGGUCUCGACCGCCAGGAGUCCUCGAGUCUCCUGCAACGUUGACCUGAGGAAGUCGGGGGGCUUUUCCCUCCAUGUCGACAAGUUGAGGCCAAACUCCGGGUGCGUGAUGACAAUGGACUCAGUGUUGAAGGAGAAGAUCACAGUGCCGACGAACGGCGCCGCUCAGCUGUCGUUCCAGGACUGUCCACCUGAAGAGCUGCGAGUCACUUCCUCGAGAGUCAUUGACUGUGCUCAACUGAAGGACUGCCUGAAGAUGCCCAUCCCGCUCGCUGUGCCUUUUCUUGCCACCUGCCUCCCCGCCCCUCUGACUGGUGCCUCCUGGACCCUCCGGCCGCCCCAGCACGGCACUGUGGAGCUGACCUCGCCUGUCACACCACUGAGGCAGUCCCUCCCCGGCCAGACGUGCAACGACACCCUCUUUGAUGUGUCGGAGGAAACCGGGGAUACGGUGGGCCACUUCUGUCCUCACGGCUCCAUUCAGAAAAUCCAGGUCCACAGCAGCGUGGUGUUCUCCCUCACCACAGUCGGGGGUAAAGCGCUGAAGCCCUCGUCCAAGCCGGUGCUCACUGUCGUGAUGAAGGGAGAGAUAUCGGACAGAUACAUCUUCACCGUGACCCCGAAGAAGAACACCACCGUCUCUCUGGCGACUCCAGGAUGGCCCAAGGGAAUGAGGUCCUACGCCACUGUGUCCUGGCUCAUCUCGGUGCCCAACAACAUGGAGGCCCACGUCAUGUUCGCCAACAUCAACCAGCCCAAGUGCAGCAACCGCCACACCAACAUCCGCGUGCAAAGGAUCGGCCGGCGGGAGGAGGACUACAGCCGGCGGGAGGACGAGGAGGCCGAGGACCAGAUCAGAGUCCCCGCCAGCUUCUUCCUCAACAUGUCCAACUGCAUGCCGGAGAGCCGAGAGUUCAGCGUGCUGAGCAGGAUCACUCUGCACAGGACCAAGAACCUCAUGCUGACCACCAUCCUGAGUGUGGUGGCCGCUCUCUUGGUGGUUUUCACCGCCGUGCUGGUGGUUGUCUGCGUGGUGAUACGGAAAAAGAAGAAGCAGCUGGCUCAUCAGGUCUCCAUCUAUAAUCCAAAUGGCACCAGCUUUCUGCCGGGAGAGAACCUGUCGCGGCCCACGGAGGAGAACGAGUACCACAUUUACGACUCCAUCGAGGACACGCUGGUCUACACACACCUGCUGAAGAAAGGGGCUGAGAUGGGCAUGUACGGCGAGGUUGAAACCCAGGAGCCCUUCACCAGGCACUCGGACUCGCAGAAGCCGCUGGUCCCUAAAGACUCCAGGGACCAGGACAUGGAUGUGGGUGAAUAUCAGGAGUUUCCCUUCCCAAACACAAAGGCUCCUCCGCUCCCUAACCGGCCUCUGAGUCGGCCGAUGGUGGACAACGAGAUCUACCACAGCAGCGAGCCCGAGGGAGGCGAAAGAAUUGGGCCUCGACAGGAAGGAGGAGACUGAGUGUGGGUCAUGUCCACGGUUGGAAAUGCUUGUGCUUCUCGUUCGCUCUCCAGAAAUCUGGCAGGAGGAGAGGAAGUCUGUUGUGCGCCUGACCUUUUAGCGCUGCAAGGUUGUACAUGUUUCUGUGCCUGAAAAGGUGUUUGCGUUUGGUGAGGUUUGAGCUGGAAAUAUCAAGUUAUGAACUCAUGGAGUUGAACUGGAGCUCCAAGUUAGAGACUGUCCAUGUUGUGUUUUGGUUUGAAAUGUUUGGCUUUAAUGGAUCCACUGUGCAUCACUGAGCUCAUCGUGGUCCAAAGUUUGAAGCUAAUGGCCCUACUUCCUGUUGGGUUGUGGGUUUGUUCGAGUGCUGAGCGGAAAGUUCCACAGUAAUUGGUGGGUUUAAUGGGUGGUUGUUUCUGCUGUGUGUUUUUGAAACCUCACAAAUGUGUGGCCUCCUACAGCAUGUUGUGCACCAGAGACUGAACGUUGUUGAUGUUUAGAUGGAUUUCAAAGCUUAUCAUUUGGCUUAUCAUUUGAACUUUUCGUUUCUUUGCAGCAUGCAUCAUUUUAAUAUUGUUCCGAGCCGUGUACACUAGAGGGAGACUUAGACUCUUAAGAUGAGAUUUUUUUAACGCUUGAAGGUUGGGCAACACUGUGAAUUCCCAUCUUUCAGCCUUUUUGUUUGUUUUUACAAGUUGUGAAAUGAGAACGGAGGAGGUCUCUAUGGAAACUCUGAUGAGUGACUCGAUUCAUGCACAGAAACUGGUUUGGAUGAUUAAAAGUAUGUGGGUGGAGAUACAAUCUCAACGCUUGAAGUUUCCUCUCGGCGAGUAAAUGGCUCAAGAUAUUUGUUGUUUUCAUAUCAGUGCUUGUUUUCUGGGAACACAUCUGCCACCUCUCACGAGGUGGCACAAACGAAUUUUGUGUUUUAUUCAGAUGAGACUAUAUUCUCAUGAGGACUUUUUAUCUACACUGCUUUCCAUUCCAAUGAUGUCACACUCUGUGAGAUUUAUUGAUUCAAAGAACAGGCACAGGGCAGAUUACUCGAGGCAACAUAGCAGAAGCGGUGGUAUAGUUGUUCAUUUUCAGGCUAUUGUGCGUGUGUUGCUGCCACUACGUGGUGUUUCUUCAGCUGACGCUACUCUCAGACGAUGUUGAACUCACACACUGAGGCCUUCUCUGCUCGGCAGCUCUCGUCGAACCACUUGCCGUUCGCAGUGGUGGAGAGGACGCCGCAGUUCUGGCUGCGACCUCCGUCCGGCUGCGUGGUGACCUCCGUCUCCCAGUUCUUGAAGCGCAGGUCGGAGCCGGACUGGUCCAGCCACUUGCCCUCAGUCACCAUGUCGUUGAUGCCCAGCCAGAUGUGCUCCUCGGGGCCAAUGCUCUGGCGGACAUAGCUGUACAGCUGGUCGUUUUCCUCCCCCGAAACCGGGGUGCUCAGGCUCCCUCCUUUAGCCAUACAGUCAUCAUUGGCUGCAUGGAAGGACUUCUUCACCGGAUCCACCAGGAAGCACUUGCCCAGGAUCUUCAUUCCUCUCAGGCACACUGGAGGGAGAGAAGGAAGCUUAACUCCUUCCAGUCAGACCUCAAAGCAGGCCGAUCGUGCUCAGAAGUUGUGAACAUGCAAGGUGGACCCAUGAGCUACAGGUCCUGUUAGUGUGUGACCAUCAACGCCUCCAGCAUCUCUGGAGGUCAUAUGUGUGUGAGGUGAAAUAAACCAUGACAAACCUGUUUGCAGAGCCUGCAGCUCCUUCAUCGCCGUCAGCUCUUGUUCUAUCUCACCGACCUUUUUCUUCAGCUCCUCAAUGGCAGCGUUAUUGCCAGAGUCUGAUUGAGAGAAUAUAGAUUGGUUUGGAAAGUAAAAGGGUGAAACCUGGUUGUUCUACCUUUCUUGCUGUUUUUCUUCCUGGUGGAAGCCUGCUGGAGGGAGCAGUGUGCCAGUAACAGGCAGCAGAGGACCAGGUAAAUCCGCCUUGCAGCCAUAACGUUCGUCAGGAGAAGCAGGUCCGACUGAAAGAGCUCCGAAGCACCGCUCCUCUGAUGUAUCGCCGCGUGAAGUGGCGUCGCUGAGUGGAAUUAGGAAAUCUUAUCUGAGAGAAAGCAAAUGUUUUGCAGAUGUUUUACACCCAUUUGGUUGUUGAAAUGUGGAGGGGAGCAGGACGGGGAGCAGCAUUUCAGCGUUGAAGACAAGCAUGAGUCUGGAUCCAGAUGUCCACAGAUGCCAGGGGCACCAACAGGGUCACAGCUAUUACCCCAAAAUGGUCCAAACAAGUGACACGUUCAGUGAGGAGUCAACUGUAUGCAUGAUGAGUGCAAGUCAGCCAAUGUGGUGAAAGGUCAACUUUGGUGUUCUACAUGCCAGAGGUUGGAGGUUUUGGGGUUUCUCUGCAGUCACUCAUCUGGUUUUGAUCACAGCUGGGAAAACUACAGUUGACACUUGAGAGAGCUUUAUGUAAUGAAGAAUCAUUGAUCAAACACGCUGAUUUGGAUGUCUGGAAGUAUGAGAGCAACAACUUCUCCAUCCAGAUGCAAGUAAAUCCAGCCUCGCACAAGGAGAUCUUUUUACUUGUCAUUUUUUGUUCUGUUUAUUUCUAGUGUUGAUUCUGUUGUAGCUGAGCCUGUCUUUAAUGUUUCAUGUUUGUAUUUGAUGUCAUCAAUGUCUGAGUUCUGCCGUAACAGCCCGAACC